AGUACCAAAGAUCGUGGGACGCGGCGAUAUUUCAGUAUAUCGAUCGGCGGGAAUCGCCGCAGUCAAUGUCCCGCACUUCCAGACAAGUGAUGCCGAUCUUCCGGUCGAUGUAGAGAGAUCCUCGUAAAUCGGUAUUAAACAGGAAGAGAAAAUCUUUUACCAAAAAUUGUGCCUCUUUUUCCUCGAGGCUAUACCGUAUUCUCAUCGACGACGUUCCCCGCUCUUUUUUCAGCCGUGCGCGCGGCUUUAUAAGUGACGUCACCCGCAGUAGGUCGCGACACAUACACACAGGGAAGCCGAGGAGUUUACUUCUUCUCUCUCGCUUUCUGAGCCACCACUGCUACCGCCGCUGUAGUGGAUAUCUUCGACGAGUCUCACUUCCGUGCUUGCCGGCCGAGUCCACUGCUCCACUUACUCCUGCAUCCGACUUUGGAUUCUCCGCGCUUUCGAUUCUUCUCUCCCAGGCAGUUUAGGCAUCACAGCAAAACAAUGGCCGAGUCACUGGAGCACAUGCCCAAACACGAGACCCUCAAGCUCAGGGAGCGUUACAUCGGAGAGUCGUGUACGCUCUUCUACAAGUCCAGCCCGUUGAAGAUCGUCAGAGGCAAGGGCCAGUACAUGUACGACGAGAAGAACGAGGAGUACCUGGACUGCAUCAACAAUGUAGCUCACGUGGGUCACUGUCACCCGGACGUGGUUCGCGCGGGUCAGGAGCAAAUGGCCCUGCUGUCGACCAACAUGCGCUUCUUGCAUGAUAACAUCGUCAUCUGCGCUCGUCGUCUCACCUCGACUCUUCCCGAGAAGCUGUCGGUCUGCUUCAUCGUCAACUCGGGCAGUGAGGCUAACGAUCUCGCUCUGAGACUCGCUCACACCCACACCAAGAAUAAGGACGUCAUCACCAUCGACCAUGCUUAUCACGGACAUUUGACCUCGAUGAUCGACAUAUCGCCGUACAAGUUCAAACACAUAGACAACGGCAAGAAAGAGCACGUGCACGUUGCCCCAUGCCCGGACGUCUACCGUGGAAAAUACCGCGACGACUGCUACCCGAACGAGGACUUGGGCGUGAAGUACGCCGAUGACGUCAAGCAGAUCUGCGAGGAGGUGAAGGCGAAAGGCCGUGGCGUCAGCGCUUUCAUUGCCGAGAGCCUCAUGUCCGUCGGUGGACAGAUCCUCCCGCCUGAUAACUACUUCAGAAAUGUGUACAAGCACGUGCGUGCAGCUGGUGGUGUCUGCAUCGCCGACGAGGUUCAGGUUGGCUUCGGUCGUGUGGGCAGCCACAUGUGGGCCUUCCAGCUUUAUGGAGAGGAUCUCGUUCCCGAUAUCGUCACCGUUGGCAAACCUAUGGGUAAUGGACAUCCCAUCGCUGCUGUUAUCACGACUCAAGAGAUCGCACGAAGCUUCCGGGAUACCGGCAUCGAGUACUUCAACACGUACGGUGGCAACCCAGUCUCCUGCGCAGUGGCGAACGCAGUGAUGGAGGUGAUCGAGCGCGAUAAUCUCCAGGAGCACGCUUUGAAGGUCGGCAACCACCUUAUCUCCGAACUGAAGAAACUGGCCAAACGCCGUCCGAUAAUCGGCGACGUCCGAGGUGUCGGCCUUUUCGUCGGUAUCGAGCUAGUACUGGACCGCAAGAAGCGAACCCCAGCCAUCGCCGAAGCCAAGUACGUCGUUUACAGGAUGAAGGAGGAGAAGAUCAUCGUCAGCAGUGAAGGACCGGACUACAACAUCCUCAAGCUGAAACCACCGAUGGUGUUUAGCAUCGACAACGCGAAUCACUUUGUGGCUAAGCUCGACGAUAUCCUACAAGAAGUCGAGACCAGCGAAGAGGUACCACAACCGACCAGCAUCUCCGUCAACGUCAAGGCUGUUAUCACACCGGUACAGAUGGAUAUGGGAUCGACGAUGCAGUCAAAUCCCAAGUCUGUUCUUGUUAAAUCGAAUUAAGCGUACAUCGAUGGAUGAAUCGAAAAUUUUUUCCAAGUAUUAUAUUAUGUCAUAUGUGAAACAAAUUUGAUUACAUAUACGAUUAAGUGGAUUUAUGAACUGAAUUUAGGGUUCAUAUACUUGUACAUAAACUAUGUAAAUAUAUAUCUAGUUUUAGGGCUAAUGUAAUUUUGCUGAAUAGCUUGUAAGUUUUAUGUUACUGUCUGUCUCUUUUACUACGUGAAACAUCGGGUAAUAACAUAACUUUUAUGUUUUUUAGACUGAUGUCCGCACACAUUUAAUACAAAGUUUACGAAAUGUUAACUUAAACUGAUCUUUUGUAAAAUACAUAAUAACUAAUAUUAUUAUAAAAUAAAUACAUAUAUAUUGUAUAA